UCAACUUUUGAAUUUUUAUUCCAGCGACGUUUCCAUUUAGAACUUGGGUCUUAAAUGUGAAUUGAAUUCAUCAUACUCAGUGGAGUGAAAUUUCGAUCAGUCAUGAUCGCUGCUGUGUCUAGUGUUUUCUAAAAUCAAAAAGUUGCAAGCUAUCAUUCAAGCUUUCAUUGGUAAAGCUAGUGCUUAAUUUGUUACCGAUUAAGUUAUAAAAUUUUUGAUUCAAUAUCGUCCUUCAACUGUCAAUUACCAUGUACACUAAGCGUGAACAAGUCUUCCUCUCUACUCUUGUCUAUUUUCUCACUCAUCACUGUGUGUAAUAGACUAACGGUUUAUCGGCUGAUAAAUCAAUCUAAAAAGAUCAAUCCUGAAGAACCUUUUGUCGGUAUUUUCUGUGAAAUUUCCUUUCAAAUUCAUCAAUUUAAUAUUUUGUUGAAAGUUUUGAUUUCUUUUAAAUAUGGUGAAAAUUGGUGUCAUUGGUGGAACUGGAUUGGAUGCUGAUCUCAAUAUAUUGAGAGAUGCACAAAUGAUUAAUGUAGGUACUACACCUUAUGGCCGACCAUCGGAUGAGCAAGUUACCAGCGGAAAAAUUGACAAUGUUGAUAUUGUUGUUAUGAGUCGACAUGGAAAGCGACAUGAUCGUAACCCUUCAGAUGUUAACUAUAGAGCCAAUCUGUGGACACUAAAGGAGCUUGGUUGUACCCAUAUUUUGGUAACAAAUGCUUGCGGAUCUUUACAAGAAGAGUUUAAGCCAGGAAUGAUUGCGAUUGUUGAUCAAUAUAUUGACAGAACAAAAUCAAGACCUUCAACAUUUUACAAAGUCAUUCAUAUACCUCAAGCUCAUCCUUUUGAUAAAACAGUUCAAAUGAUGAUUGAAGAAGCUUGUAAAACAGUUGGAGCCGAAUAUCGAUCUGGAGCUUGUAUUGUUGCUUGUGAAGGUCCCCGCUAUUCCACUUUUGCAGAGUCUAAACUUUUCAAAUCAUGGGGAGGAGAUAUUAUUGGUAUGACUACCGUUCCUGAGGCUCCAUUAGCUGCUGAAUUGGGGCUAUUCUAUAAUUCCAUAGGAUUAGUUACUGAUUAUGAUUGUUGGCAUGAAGAUGAAGGUGAAUCAGUCACAGUCGAAUUGGUUGAUAAGCGAAUGAAAAUGCUUGCUGGAGUAUCAAGAAAAGUAUUGAUUGAAACCAUCAAACGAAUCGGAAAGCAUGAUUGGUCUGAAAAAAUUGCUGCUAAAACCAAAGAGGCACAAGGAGCCAUCAUGUUCAAAUAAAGGACAGAAAUUGUUCCCUUCAGAAGAUUGAAUAACGGGUUUUCCAGAUUCAUCUGGCUGUUACUAUUUUGUUUAGCAUUUAUCGUUAUCUUUAUGCAAAUACGUUAAGAAUCACAGAUACAAAGAUUAAAGUAGAUUCAUAUUGACAAA